CAGGCUCAGAGCUCCGUGCCCAGAGGAGGUGGCUACGUAAUGUCUAUUGUAUCCCUUAGCUGGUGUUUUUGUACAUUUCUUGGGACCUGAAGUUGAGAGUGAAAAGCAUGGCUGAUGAACAAGAAAUCAUGUGCAAAUUGGAAAGCAUUAAAGAGAUCAGGAAUAAGACCCUGCAGAUGGAAAAGAUCAAGGCCCGUUUGAAGGCUGAGUUUGAGGCCCUUGAGUCAGAGGAGAGACACCUGAAAGAAUACAAGCAGGAGAUGGACCUUCUACUACAGGAAAAGAUGGCCCAUGUGGAGGAACUCCGACUGAUUCAUGCUGACAUCAACGUGAUGGAGAACACCAUCAAACAGUCUGAGAAUGACCUAAACAAGCUGCUAGAGUCUACCCGGCGGCUGCAUGAUGAGUAUAAGCCAUUGAAGGAACAUGUGGAUGCCCUGCGCAUGACCCUGGGCCUGCAGAGGCUCCCUGACCUAUGUGAAGAGGAGGAAAAGCUCUCCUUGGAUUACUUUGAGAAGCAGAAAGCAGAGUGGCAGACGGAGCCUCAGGAGCCCCCCAUCCCUGAGUCCCUGGCCGCUGCUGCUGCCGCCGCCCAACAACUUCAAGUGGCUAGGAAGCAGGACACUCGGCAGACAGCCACCUUCAGACAACAGCCUCCACCUAUGAAGGCCUGCUUGUCAUGUCACCAGCAAAUUCACCGAAAUGCACCCAUAUGCCCUCUGUGCAAAGCCAAGAGCCGGUCCCGGAACCCCAAAAAGCCAAAACGGAAGCAAGAUGAAUGAAGAAAGGGAGAGAGAGCUCUGCCGCUCAUAACCCUUCCCUUGGCCAGAGUGAUUGAUGUCCUGACGUGAAACCACCCUUUCCCAAUCUCACCAAAUCUCCUAUUUAAUGUCAAGGAAACACAACUCCUCUCACUUUGGCCUUCUUUCUUUCUGUUCUUGGGAUAUCUGAUGUAAGAAGAGAUAUGGUUCAGGUCCUGAUGAGUGUGUCUGAUGACCCCUUCUCUCCUACUGUCAUCUCAACCCCUCCCCUUGUUUGGAGCUAAGGGAGAGAUAGAAGGCCCAGAUGUGAUUCUCUGUCUCUUGUGCCUGAGGCCUGUGGCCUAAGGAGAGGCUGAGGGCUUGGGGGUGGGGGGCAUAUCUUCUUCCAGGUGAAGGCUCUAAUGUUCCCCGUCCCUGUAUUUUUAUUUUUUCUUAGACUCUGAAGGAACUUGUUGUACUUCCCAAGAGGCUUGGUGCAUAUAUCUCACCCUACCCUCAUCUCCUCCUU